AUGUCUCCCCCUUCCAAUGUCUCUGUGUCUCUGCUCUCGUUUGUCUCCCAGCUAGCCGGUCCAGUGGAGGGGCGGAUGUUUGAGGGGAGUGAUUCAGAAGGUGACAGGAAACCAGCAGUCUGCCUGCCAUUCCUCUGUAUUGGUGACAGCGGAGAGAGCAGGGAGCAGGAGCGAUGGGCCUCCCGGAGUGAAGGCAGCUGGCAGGCUCCUAGGCAGAAGACUCCCAGAGACAUGGACCAUGCCGAGCUGCUCGGGGCCGGAGUCACCGUUCUGCUCCUCGGGGCUGUGGCGGGCAUGUGCGUGUGGUGCCCCCGCUUAGGUACGAGAAGGUCCAAGCAGAUCUUUUAUGAGCAGAGGGAUGAAGGACGACAAAGUUUUGCAGUUGCCCGGGCCUUUUCUAUAGCAGGCAUGGUCCCAGAGCCGGCUGAAUAUUCCACGGUUCAAUGCCCUGAUACAAGAAAGGACAAAUGGCUGUACUCCAUGGCCGGCACGGAAGAUCAUGACACCUCCAGGUAUCAGAACCUCAGGAAAGGAAGUAGAAGAGAAUCUGAACCAUCCUAUGUAGAUCCCAUUGCGCCAGACUAUUACAACCUUGGGCAGUUCCAGAGGCAACUGAAAGAGAACGACGAUGAUACGGUUUCCUAUGAGAACAUCCUGAUCUGCAAACCUGUGGAGGAAGUUGUGGAAGAAUCUGAGGAUUAUCAGAACUCAGCAUCCAUCGAGCAGUGGAGACAGUCGGUAAAGGUGGCAAGAAGCCCAGAGGAUGACUCCAGUGAGCCAGAUUAUGUGAAUGAAGAAGUGGGCCUCAUGAAGUAAGAAGGUAUCCUGGCUGAGGAGCAGAAGGAAGCUAUGGCCUCACUCUCCUCUCAUGGAGACCUGCCCUACUGAUCCUAUCCAAGUCACCUCCCAGAGGAAGGAUUUUCCUCAAAAGCUCCCCCACGGGCCACUACCCUUCCCCUCCCUCCUCCUGGAGUGAAACCCAACACUUGCCUCCUGAGAUUGGCACAUGGCAGCACCAAGACGCUUGGCUUCUAGUACAGAAAGGACCCAUGGCCCAACUGUCCAGGAAAUUUGACCUUGACGGGUUGGGGAGGCUCCUACAGGUGAAGGAAGGACCAUGAAAUUCCCGGUAUCUCCCCCACCUAGGGCCAAAGGACUGCUUCCUCACUGCCCACGGUUCUGUCUUGCUUGCUACCUGUCAGAAAGAAGCUCUAUUCAUAGCGUGGUAAAGGGAAGGAGCCCUAGAUUAGUAGUCAAAGGGCCUGGGUUCAAAUCCCACCCCUGUUGCUUACUUAUCUGUGUGCCUUUGGGCAGGUGUCUUAAACUCAAUGGGCCUCAGUUUUCUUUAAAAUGGGGAGUUGGACUGAAAGGCCUCUAGGAGCCUUUCUAGCUCUGAAUUUAUGAUUCAAUAAUAAACAGCCCUUGCUAACAGGAGCAGAAGACCGGCACCGAGACCCUUCUUCGACCCCUGGGGUCUGCAUCCGGAGCUUGGAGCUUCUUCGCGAUGCUGCUUAUUUAUGUAGGUGGGUCUGUAUAGUGUAUUGUAAUGACCUGGAGGCUUUACCUCUCAGAAAGUAUCACAUCCAUGUAAUCUCUAAUAUAUUAACUAUGAUCAAAAGACUGGUAGGGCGACUCACUACCUAGCCACAUGACUUUUGGCAAUUAGUAAAAAUUUAUUGAGGACGUCCAGAGUGCCAGGAACUGCGCCAGGCCCUGGGCUCUGUGGUCUCUCGGCAGGGCAGGGGGUCACAGACCAUCAGAGGUCCUCCACCUGAGGUCCGGGGAGAAGGCUGGCGCCAGAGCCCAGGCCUUCAGAGUGCUGGUCUGCUAUACUUUCCAGCCGAUGUCGAGGAACCCUCCGGAUGGGGGACUGGGCAUAGUUGCUGUCACUUCAGGAAAAACCAAGAAACAAAACCAGAAAAGGUGUCCUUUGCCUCUCCCUUCGUUUGGCAGGAGGGGGUCAGGGGCACUUGAAGUGGGCUGGGCUGUGGUGGAGAAGCCUCUUCUUGGGCUGGGCUCUGAGUGGGGUGAAGCUCACCAGACAGAAAUGGUCAGUGGAAUGUGCGGGCCACUGGAUAAAUCACAGGAGCAUAAAGCUGGAGUUGGCAGGGACCUCCUUAAGGAGGCAAACAGUCCAAUACGCUCAUUUUACAGAAAGGGAAACUGAGGCCCAGGGGGAAGGGUUUGAAUUGGAAAAGCUACAACCAGGGCCAAAAGAUGCUCUGCCUUCAUGUCCCCAAAAUAAACUCUCACAAUAAAUGGUUUGGUUGCUA